UUGCGCUACUUCCUCUCUGCCUCUCAUUCAUGACACAGGCAGCGUCUUGGGCAGUGUGAUAGCCGGGUCCUCGACGAUGCUCUCUGAUCAACCAUCAUAGCGUAUGACGAUUGCAAGCGCAACGGAGCUAAUACUCUUGAGUUGAGCGCAAAGAAACCACCAUCCUCCAUCCCGGCCCGACCAUAAGCCGUAGUCGGUUCGGACACUGGCAAGAAAUCACAUUCUUUCUCCCUGCUUAUACUCAUCUUCGAUUGCGGUUCCGGACCGUCGGUGUUAAUUUGAGCAGCAGCUCUCCAUUCAGUCGUUACCUGGCGGUCGUACUGGUAGGACGCGUUGGAUCUUCAUCUUCUAGGCUGAAGCUGUAGUCUGGAGGAUACCACACUCGUCGGAGAAAACCUGCAAAGUUUGAUCACCUGUUUUUGCUGCUAUUAUUCAUCCGUUCCUAGUUGGAUUGAAAUCUUGCAUUGAUUAUCUCUUUGUUCCUCGCCACAUACGCAUGUGCGCCUCAGCAAGGGACUCUUGAAGCUGCAGAUAUAUCUGGCACUUUUUGGCUAGCGUGGCGUGUGGAGUGUGGAGAGUCGAUAAGUGGAACAACCGCCAGGCAACGCGAGCUAAUUAUAGUAACAGAUUUAUGACCCCGAGCAAUUAUCAUUUCCUUGCAUUUUACCACCAGUAAACCGAUAGAGAAUCUCUUUUUGUGCAGAACAUAUUUCUUACGGUGUAAAGAAGCCAGGAAUAAGGUGUGUUUGUGCGUUUCGUUCGAAGAUUCAAUCGGCAGCGAGAAGAAACUAGUGCCUUACGAUUUGACAAAAAUCCGAAACGUUUCCGGCUCGCCAGUAAAUUGUUCAGUGUUCCAAGACAUAGAAACUGGAGAAAUCAGUCGCUUAAAAGCAUUUCCAUUGUUGGUUUGCUAAUUGAAGUGUUAAACUUGCUGUUUUCGAGUUUUGACCGGCUAAAACAACUGCUUCGGUGUUUUCUCCACAGGAAAGGAAAUUAAAAAGUGGGUGUCAGUGCUGCUGAAUCAAAAGUUGCAGAAUCGCAAAAGCCUAAAACAAGAUGGAAUACCGCUGGACCUAUCUCGUGGCACAGAUAUUUACGUUACUGCUCUUCUAUAUAGACAUCACACGAGCAGCACAAUCCCUGUGGCCAAACUUACCGACAGAGAAAUGUUCCAGCGGUGCAAGUUUAAAGUACAUCUCCGGCAACGCUCUGACAGACAGUCCGAACUGCUUAGGACCUAACAAUGCGCCAUACCCAAGCAGUGUGGUAGCUCGGACAUUCUCCAACUGGAGUCCCAGCGGGUCGUCUCGACGGGGGCGAAUGAGCCAGCUGCCCACUUUGGACCCGAAAGUGAUGCAGCAAACUUUGAUGCAAACCUACAGCGAUGUCAACGAUGUGACCCAGCAGGAGGAUGUCCGAACGCGAUACAGUCGGUCCGUGGACAAUACUCAGCAGUGCCGUGAUACGCCUUCGCGGUUGUGCAAAACGCGCUACAACACCACCGCUCCAAUGUACGGAGUGAGUCUCACUUCCGGUCAGCCAGUCACGAUUGUGCAAAAAUUUCCUGAUCUCCUGCAGCAGGUUGUGUUCGAGGUGUGCGAAUCAUCCGAAUGCGACGUGGUCCGGGGUGAAUGCACCCAAACGUACGUACCGUAUCUAUUCCUGGUGAUUCCGUUGGGUCCGGUGACACUGACCGGUCAGGAUUACGUCCUCGUCGAGAGUGGUUGCGUGUGUAAACCAAAGUAUGCAACGGAAAAGCCCCGAGAAUCCGGAGGGAACUUUAUACCCUGAAUGAGCUGAUCCAUGUGACAAAGGGGGACGAUAAACCCCAGGCAGAUGGAUGAUUAGAAUUUUAGAGGCAAACGUUGUACGAGUGUGAGUUGAAGUGAUGUUUUUACGAUGUGAUUUCCUUGAAAUCAUUGCAGGUCAACAGACGGAAGCGGUUUAUCGAUAUGGAAACAUCCAUUAAUUUAGUCACAUUUCCUCCUAUUUGGCACGUCUUUUGCAUAAAUCAUUAUGUUUGCAGUUCUCUUGUCUCCAACACUAAUGUGUGACAGAAUCUAUGGAUGCUUCCUAUCGAAUAAAAACUAGACAAACGGUUCGAUCGUUUUUAUGAUCUUGAGCCGAUAGUUCAAAUACGAAAAAAAAAAUAAAUGUUCCAGCGAGAUAGAAAAUUGGACGAGUGAAACAAAUUAUUCACGAACAAUUUAGCUUUAAGAUUAUUUAACUUACUUGGUGAAACAAACCUGUUAUUAUGUAGGGACCGUUCAUGAGUCACGGAGUCUGAGAAGACCAAAAAUUGGUCUACGUGGUUUAUAAAUAGUCCCUUAGAAGGUUAACUUCCGUCCCAGAUAAAUUAUUUCAGCUUUAUGUAAAUAUGUUUCCUUCUUCGUUCUAUACUGACCUAAACAUACCUAUAAUAAGUAAAACGAUAAUAUUUGCAUUUCAUCUCAUCCUGAACGGUAGCGAGGCUGCGCGAUAAGAAUAUUGUUUUCAUCUGUGCGCAUUCCAUUGCAAACUUCUACCAAUUGUAUCCUACUGUUUUGCUAUCUAUUGUGCAUUUGUAUUUGCAAAUAUGGAACUCAAUAAAUUAUUUAUUUUUAAUUA